GGUUGUUUGAGAAAAUCAAAUCUGUGUUGCAAUGAAACAUAGUUUGGAAGAAGAGGAGGCGCGAAAAGUCUUUGAGGUACUUGGAACUCAAAAGUGUAAAGAACUGUUGCUCUUAUCUCAGUCGGAUAUUAUGCCAAUCCUUCAAACUGUAUUUCAUGCCCAAAAAGAUGACAUCUUUCGAUUGACACCAGUCUUUUGGCAGCUACUGAUAACUUGUAUAUACGGAAGUGUUCUUUUGCCUAUUCAUAUCGAUACUUCUUGUCAGACACGUUUGUCUCUUGGCUGUCCAAAACUUGAUGACUUUUUACACGGUGGUUUGAUUGCAGGACAAGGACAAAUAUUUGAGUUUUGUGGUGAAGCUGGUGUAGGUAAGACGCAGCUGAUGCUUCAACUCAGUAUAGUGAGUCAGUUGAAAACAAGAGAUGGUGGGUUAGAUUCAAGGGUUAUUUAUAUUUGUACGAGUGGUCGCUUUCCCUCAUCAAGAUUGCAACAACUCAUAGCCGCCUUUGUUCAGAGGUAUCCUUACCUUGAAGCCAACAGUGUUGCUUCCAAUAUCAUAGUGGAAACAGUGAAAAGUUUGGAACAGUUGGAAGUGCUUGUAGAUAGCCGACUGGUGUAUUUAUUGAAUAAUACUGAUGCAAAAGUUAUCAUUAUCGAUUCUCUUGCGCGCCUCUUUCGAGAGACAGGUUUAGACGCGUUACAACAUCGUUCUCUAGUAUUACAUCGAUUGGGGAUUCAACUAAAGAGAAUUUCAUACAAACAUGAGACGCUCUUGUUAGUCACUAACGAAAUGACUGGUCAACCUGCAGGUUCUUUCAACCCUCACAACUUUGUACAAACACCUUGUUUAGGGAAAGCUUGGAAGCACAACGUCAAUCAUCGUUUUUAUUUGAGGAAAGUAACUUUAUGGAAUGCGUUCGAUGAAACAUUAAGACACAAGGAAUGGAGAGAGAUGGAAGUUGCAUUUUCUCCAGAAUAUGACUCUAGCCACAAAAUAGCUUUUCAAAUCCGGUCAGAAGGUAUAUGUCAUAUCUGAAACGGAGGGAAAAAUGCCAUUGAAAAUGGCGCUUUAUUCGAAAUUCAAAAUGGAUGAUAAUAAAGGAGGGGCGGAACCC